AUGCCUGAACCAUUGAAGAUGAACAAGACGGCUCUCGUCUGUGUCAUCAUUGGCAUCUUGCUUUUCUCUAUCAACAUCCUAGUCUUGAUUUUGCGGCUCAAAACCCGGAAGAAGUCGCGCCCUCAGGGCCCGCCGUACUUUCGUGGCUGGGAUAACUGGUUUGCGAUCAUUGCAACAGAGACAACGGCGGAAGCCAUCGUCUCGUCAAACCCGGACAAGUCUGUGGCGGUGCUGACUUACCCGAAGCGCCUACAGUCAGAGACAGCCGACCGCUUGCGAAAAUACAACAACUGCGAUGUCUACACCUUUCACCGCAUGGCGGGCAAGUUGUUCCCUUCGGUGGUGCACAAUGACGGCAUCUUGACCGGACUUCGUCGUUCUCGCGCUCGGCCCAUGUGGACUGAAAGGCCUUAUGAUAUCGUCAUUCUGGAUGAGAUGCAAGACUGCACGGAGCUGUUGUUCUGGCUGGUCCCCGUCUUUAUCCGCCGCAUUACACGUAAUAGUGGUCGGGCACCACGUAUCGUCGUUCUCGGGGAUGAGAGACAGGCCAUAUACGAUCCUGCCAUCAUAACCGGCCUAUCGCCAGACCCUUGGGACCGUAUGAACGCUCAACAAGAGUUUCCGUUCAUCAACAAGGCCUUUUUGCAUGAAGACUACAUCGUAGGCUCGCACGACGGCACCGAACCUUUCUAUAUCCACGUCAAUCCUUUCAAAGGAGACCUUCUGGCCGCACACUUGGAGCCCCUCAUUCGCAAACACGGAGUCGAGCGCACGGCCAUCCUUGGCCCCUCUGUCAGUAAGAACCGAGCCAUAUCGAGCUUGACGAUUUGCCUGACCGGGAAGUGGAACAUGCCCGUUGCCGAACCAGUGUCGGAUAACGUGGCUCUGGACGAUUCCGUCGUUCGUGGCAAGAUCUGUGUGUCGACUAUCCACCAGUUCAAGGGGAGUGAGCGCGACCUGGUGAUUCUGUACGGCCUCGACGACUACUACUUCGAGAUGGCUGCAAAUCAGCCCGACGAUACAUAUCCCAAUAACAUAUUCGUGGCGCUCACUCGGUCUUCGAAGCAGCUGGUCGCAAUCCACAACGCCGCACGUGAGAUAAUGCCGUUUUUGGAUGUGCCACAACUCCGCAGGACUGCGAAUCACCAGUUCCUCGAACCGGAAACGGCGUCAUCUUUCAAGACGAGAGCUCCAGCAAAGACGACGAAGGAGGGAGUGCACCUCCCGAAUAGAGUCGCGGCGUCUAGCAUUGCGCGACACGUCUCCGACGAGACACUUGAUGCCAUUGUGGCCAGACAUGCUAUAAUCACCACGCGGGCACCCGCGCUACCCUUCUCCGAACACAUCAACGCCCCAGAUGUGGCCCUCAUAGACCCAGUGCGACGCCAUUUUGAAGCGGUAAGCGACAUCAACGGCAUAGCUGUUGUCGCAGCAUACGAGUUCGAGGUCUGCCGAACGCUGACGACGCUGGGGCAUCAUGAGAGAGCUUCCAUUCUGUCGAAAGUGCCCAAGGAGGGGCGCAGGAGGACAUUGUGGCUCUGCCGCGAGGCUUGUCGCUAUCUGUCGAAGCUUUCGACUUAUCGCUCUCGACUCCCGCAAAUGCGCGGUCACAAGUUUGACUGGCUGGAGCAUCACCUCGCAGUGGGUUGUGCUCGGUUACGGGACCAGUUCCCGUCCGCCACCCCGGCGGCUUUGGACUUUGAGCACGAGCUUAAUGCAACGUUGUCGGUAUAUGUUGAUGGUAGCCAGGACGAAGCCAAUCAGGCCCAGUCUACGACGAUUCAUGGCCAGGUCGACAUAGUCCAAAAGCAUCUAGCAGAUUCCAUUGACGGCAGUGACCCUCACCAGGAGGUGACGUUGUGGGAGAUCAAAUUUGUAAGCCAGCUCACGACAGAGCAAGCCAAUCACGGGGAUACCGUGCCGAAUGUGGUGCUUUACAACGUGCGAGACGGCGAGAAGUGGGAGAUAUCCCCCAUGGACCCAGCCGUUGGUUUGCAGAAGCUCGUGGAGGAGGUCCUGCGGGCGAAGUACACUUCGCGGAGGAUGCUAUCGGACGAUGAGUUCCUGGAUGUGUGUGCCACGGCACGCAAGGAAGUAGAAGGACUUUUUUGA